CUACUAAAAGGGAAUAAUUUUUUGUUACCACCAAACGGUACCCUAUUGGUUUCCUCCAAAUUUCAAUUUCCUCAUUGUUGUCUCAAUUAUUAUUUGCAGUUUACAUAAUCUUUUGCUGGGCUUUCUCGAUGGAUCCUCCUACCUCUUGGGAUUCCUUGCGAAAGCAGGCAAGGAAGCUUGAAGCUCAGCUGGAUGAGCAGAUGCAUUUGUAUCGUAAGUUCGUUUCAAACAAAACUGGUAAUGCUAAUGAUAGCGAUCUUGAAUCCAGUAUAGAUCAGCUGCUCAAGCAGCUUCAACAAGUUAAUUCACAAAUGCAAGCAUGGAUUUCAUCGGGAGGAUCUGAGAUCUUUUCUCAUACAUUGACUCGCCAUCAAGAAAUUCUUCAAGAUCUUUUUCAGGAGUUUAAUCGGCUCCGUUCAAGUUACAGAGCUAAGAAAGAGCAUGCUUCAUUGCUUGAAGAUUUUAGGGAGUUCGAUCGGACCAGGUUAGAUCUGGAAGAUGGUAAUGGGUCUCAUGACCAAGCACUCCUUAAUGAACGUGCUGCCCUCCAUAGGAGUACUGGACAGAUGGAUGGUGUAAUUUCUCAAGCUCAAGAAACAAUAAAGACACUUAUGUUUCAAAGAUCAACAUUUGGCGGUAUUAAUUCAAAACUCAGCAAUGUCAGCAGUCGCCUCCCAACGGUUAAUCAUAUUCUUUCAGCAAUAAAGAAGAAGAAGUCUAUGGAUACCAUCAUUCUUUCAUUAGUUGCCUCUGUAUGCGUGUUUCUCAUUUUGGUUUAUUGGAUGACGAAAUGAAACAGUAAUUAAUUGGACUCUUAAUGGAGUUCCCGAGCAAUUUCUUUGCUUGUUUGUAUCUUUUGUAUAUUCACAACCGAGUGAAUUUUGUAAUGUUUCAUUUUUAUGCAUGUAAAGAUGGUUUUCUUGAA